AUGGAAGGAGCUCUCUUCCCCAACAAACCCAUCUACCCACUCCCAGUCACCCGCCCAUCGCCGCAGCCGCCGAACCCACCUCUGAAAUUCACCUCACCCACUCUCCCGCCGCCGCCUCCGCCGUCGUCUUCCUCCAACCGUUCCUUCCCCCUUACCCUCCACUUCGACUCCCUCCUCCAGCAGCUCCUCCACCUAUCUUCCUCUUCCCCCAAUGCCAAGCUCAAGAGCUCCCAUUCCCACGUUCUCCCCGUCGCCGCCGAGAAGCAGCAGCAGCAGAUUCGUUACCAAUCGGAUGACGACGAGAGCAGCUGGUCGUCAUCGUUGGGUAAUGGGUCGCUCGAUUUCUUGUCGAAAGAGGGUAAGGCCGUGCUUGACUCAAUUAUGAGCCAGCCUCUGGAACGGUUGACUGAAUUCUUCGCGUCUCGCGAAGUUGAAUUGGGCCGGGUCGAUUUGAUUAGCUUGUUGAGAGGGUUGGAUCGUUGCGGGAGCUGGGAGAGGGCGCUUUUGCUGUUCGAAUGGGCGGUUUCGAAUCGGGAAGGGGAGAAUGAGAAGGUAGAUGGGCAGAUUGUGGAGCUAAUGGUGAGAAUUUUGGGCAGAGAGUCGCAGCACUCUAUUGCAUCCCAACUGUUCGAUAAAAUUCCCCUGAAGGAGUACGAGCUCGAUGUCCGGGCGUGUACCACGAUACUCCACGCGUACUCUCGUGCUGCGAGGUACGACAAAGCGAUUGAGAUGUUUCAAAGGAUGAAGGGGACUGGGUUGUCGCCUACAUUGGUGACUUACAACGUGAUGCUUGAUGUUUAUGGCAAAAUGGGUCGUUCUUGGGAUCAGAUUCUAGGACUCUUAGAUGAGAUGAGAAGUAAAGGGAUGGAAUUUGAUGAGUUCACUUGCAGUACAGUGAUAUCCGCCUGUGGGAGAGAAGGACUGUUCGUGGAAGCAAAGGAUUUCUUCGCUGGGCUCAAAUCUCAGGGAUAUAAACCAGGGACUGUUACUUAUAAUGCACUUCUCCAGGUCUUUGCAAAGGCUGGCAUUUACUUGGAAGCUCUGAGUGUACUGAAAGAGAUGGAGGAGAACAACUGUCCACCUGACUCCGUGACAUACAAUGAGCUUGUGGCUGCUUAUGUAAGAGCCGGUUUCUUUGAGGAAGGUGCUGGUGUAAUCGAUACGAUGAUUGUAAAAGGAGUAAUGCCGAAUGCUGUUACUUACACCACCGUCCUCAAUGCUUAUGGGAAAACAGGAGACGUAGACAAAGCAUUGGAGUUGUUUGCAAGGAUGAAGGAGUUAGGUUGUGUCCCUAAUGUCUGUACCUACAACGCUCUCCUUGGGAUGCUGGGCAAGAAGAAAACGAGGUCCGAAGAUAUGCUGACAUUGCUUCAUGAUAUGAAAUCAAAUCGGUGUGCUCCUAAUCGUGUGACAUGGAAUACAAUGCUUGCAAUGUGUGGGGAUGAAGGCAUGCAAACCUACGUGAAUCGGGUUUUCCAGGAGAUGAAGGCUUCUGGGUUCGAGCCUGAUAGAGAUACCUUCAACACUCUGAUCAGUGCGUAUGGUAGGUGUGGUUCGGAUAUAAUCGCUUCGAAGAUGCACGAGCAGAUGAUCAAAGCGGGUUUUGCUCCGAGCCUGUCUACUUACAAUGCUCUCCUGAAUGCUUUAGCUCGUAAAGGGGAUUGGAAGGGAGCAGAAUCGAUCCUCCAAGACAUGAGGAGCAAAGGAUUCAAGCCUAGCGAAACAUCUUACUCCUUGAUCCUCAAUGCCUAUGCAAAGGGAGGGAACAUUGAAGGUAUAGAGAGGAUCGAGAAGGACAUCUAUGGAGGCGAAAUCUUCCCUAGCUGGAUGCUUCUGAGAACCCUCGUUCUCGCAUUCCACAGGUGCAGAUGGCUACCCGGUAUGGAACGUGCAUUCGCAGCCUUGCAGAAACACGGUUACAAAACCGACCUGGUUCUCUUCAACUCCAUGCUCUCGAUGUUUGCCAAGAACAACAUGACCGACCGGGCCCACGAGAUGCUCAAGAACAUCCGCUCAGCGGGGUUAAACCCUGACCUCGUGACCUACAACAGCCUGAUGGACAUGUAUGCUCGAUCAGGAGACUGCUGGAAGGCCGAGGACAUCCUCAAGGGGCUAGGGAAACCAGACCUCGUCUCCUACAACACGGUGAUCAAAGGGUUCUGUCGAAAGGGGCUCAUGGAAGAAGCCAUUCGAGUUUUCUCCGAGAUGAACUCGAGAGGAAUCCGGCCAUGCAUUUUCACUUACAACACGUUUGUGACAGGGUAUGCAGGGAAAGGGAUGUUCGAGGAGAUUAAGGAUGUUGUCAGGUAUAUGAUUGAGCACGGUUGCAGGCCGAACCAGCUGACGUAUAAGAUCGCUGUGGAUGGGUUCUGUAAAGCGAGGAAGUAUAAAGAGGCGAUGGAAUUCGUGUCCCAGAUUAAGAACGUGGAUAAAGGGUUUGAUGAUCAGUCUGAACAGAGACUUGCUGCUCACGUUAGGGACAUGCUGUAG